AUGGUCCCCGAGGUGCUGGACCAGAGGUGGCUGGGGCCUGUCCAAGGCUUCUUGGCAGUGCCUUCGGUCCCCACCUGCACCAAGAGCCUCCCUGGCUCGGCGUUGGAUUACGCCGCGUGCAGUCGCAAUCUCCUGCCCAGGAUGUUGCCACCGCAGGUCGACGAGGCGUCGCCGCUACUUGUGCAUGCGGCGGUCAGGUUUCCGAUCUUGGCGGGCGACCGAGUGCUGUGGAUGCGUGUGCCGCGCGAGCCAGCUGGCUACCGCAUCAAGCCAGGCUGUGCCAGGCCGCCGCUCACUGACCACUGGCAGCGGACCGAGAGCAUGAUCCAGGCUGCCUGCGAUGACGGCGGCCUCCAGUGUUGCUGGGACGAGGUGCUCCGUGGCCUGGAGGCCGAGCUGCUGAACCGCGCCGACGUCAUGGACGCCAGGGUCCACGCUAGGGCCUCGAUGGCGCGAUGGGCCAAGCACGUGCUGCGGUCGCGAGUGCACCUGACGAGGCUGGUGCGGCUCUACUCGAAGGGCCCUGGACCUCGGGCCUUCGGCACGGCGAAGAAGUUUGCGGAACUCUGCAGGUUCUUCGAGCGCAUCGCCAAGGCCCGCCACGUCUGGGAGCACGCCACCAUCCAUGUGCGCGAGCUCUUCGCCAAGGGCAUCAUGCUGUUGGUGGAGCAUGGCCUGGAGGUCCUGAUGUCGCAGAUUGUGACGAUCUGUAAG